AGAGGAAAAUAAUGCCUUUGAAUGAUUCUGUCACUCAUGUAAAGGAAGGUGAGGGAGAGGCGGGGAAAUCCAGACUGAGAGAGAGAGAGAGAGAGAGAGAGAGAGAGAAAGCUGUUGAAUGGAGGCGGGGCUGAGAGUUUAUAACGGAACCCCGGUGUGUGCUGCAGCUCGAGCGGAGCGCGCGCGAGAAAAGCAGCUCAUGAGGCGCGAGCUCGGGGCUUUUUGUUCAGCGCGAGCGCUUUGUCUGCGGGAGUUGAGCGCGCGCACCCCAUGAUGUCACCUUUCUGAGCGAUUGAAGUCGCCUGAUUUAAACACUUUUGGAACACUUUGCUGCGCGCGGAGCUCUUUCACAUUUCAUGCAGUCAGGACUUUGAAGGACUCUGGUGUGGAUGCGCGCGCGCAUGCAUGCAUGAUGCAUCCGGCAAACAGCAGCUGCAUCACCGACAGCGGUGACGGGACGCUCGAGCCUGGGGCGUCGGGGUCAGUGGAGCGCGCUUCCGGGACGCACGAGCUUCCCUCCGAGGCGGAAGAAGAGCAGGUGCGCAGGGAUGACGCUGCCAGUCCAGGGCAGUUUGUGCCACCGGAAGGAGGAUACGGCUGGCUCGUGGCGUUCGCCGCUACCUGGUGCAACGGCUCCAUCUUCGGCAUCCAGAACUCAUUCGGGAUUCUGCACGUGAUGCUCGCGCAGGAGCACGAGCACCCCGACGACCCCGAUGAAAAGGCGUCCCAGUUUAAAGUCGCAUGGGUCGGUGCUUUGGCCAUGGGGAUGAUCUUCUUCUGCUCCCCCGUGGUCAGCAUGUUCACCGAUCACUUUGGCUGCAGGAAGACGGCAGUGGGCGGAGCCUUCGUCGCCUUCCUUGGACUCCUGAGCAGCUCAUUUGCCACGACACUGGGACUUCGUUAUUUCACCUAUGGCUUGCUGUUUGGUUGCGGCUCGUCCUUCGCCUUCCAGCCAUCGCUGGUCAUUUUAGGGCACUAUUUUCGUCGCCGUCUAGGUCUGGCGAACGGUGUGGUGACGGCAGCAAGCAGCCUCUUCACCAUCGCGCUGCCAGUGCUCCUCAAGAAGGUUGUCGGUCCUCUGGGCCUCUCCAGAACCUUCCAGAUCCUCAGCCUCUUCAUGCUGGUCCAGUCGCUGCUGGCGCUCUCCUUCCGGCCACUGAUUCCUUCAGCGGGGGCAGGAAUGGGCUCCCUGGGGCCUACCGGAAAUCAGGGUUCGACAGCAGGAACUCGGUGGAGGAGGGGUGUGAUGAAAGUGAGGAAGUAUUUCAACGCCCGUGUGUUCAGGGUGGCCACAUACCGAGUGUGGGCUUUUGGAGUGGCCACAGCUGUUCUGGGAUACAUGGUGCCCUACAUUCACCUGAUAAACUUUGUGAAGGAGGAGUUUGGGGAGACGCAGAAAGAGUGGCUGCUGCUGGUGUGUAUCGGGGCUUCCUCGGGAGCAGGACGUCUGCUUUUUGGCAAAGUGGGAGACCUCAUUGCUGGAGUCAAGAAAAUAUACUUGCAGGUGGCCUCUUUCAUGACUCUGGGCCUGAUGUCAAUGAUGAUCCCGCAGUGCCGUGUGUUUGAGGGCCUAAUGGUGGUGUGUGUGUUCAUGGGACUGUGUGACGGCUGCUUCAUCACCAUAAUGGCCCCAAUUGCUUUUGAGUUGGUAGGGCCCAUGCAGGCCUCGCAAGCCAUUGGUUACCUGCUGGGCCUCAUGGCUAUUCCAAUGACAGCAGGUCCACCAAUUGCAGGCCUUCUUCACGAUCACUUCGGGAAUUACCACGUGGCAUUUUACCUGGCCGGCGUUCCCCCUCUUGUCGGGGGCAUCGUCCUGUUCUUCGUGCCGUUAGUGUUCAGGCAUGUUCAUCGGAAACACAACCACGCGUGUGAGCCAAGAGCACACAGCAUGCUGAAGAACUGCACCAACGGAGACGUGCUGCCUGGAUACACUGACACUGAAACACAACAACAGCUGCAGUAAGGGAUUCACUUCAUCAUUUGUGCGUGAUCUUCCUCUUGCGAUCAAAUCAGCAACAAACUCCUCACCUCAGUGCUUUCACGUCGAUAGAAAAGACUGCGAGUCGAUACUACUUUCUCUUUUCUCCCACACUUGGACUCGACAGGUCCCCCAUACCUCUGCUCGCUGACGGAUUGCGCCAGUCUCGAACUCGUCCCUGGUGGCUUCACUGAAGGAAAUCUGAACGUUGUGCUCCUGCACAGCCGAAGCCAGAAGGAACACUGAUUCACACCACACAUAAGAACAGCGAGGACUGGUCAGUAGGAAACGCUGUUGCCUUUGAAUUGAACGAAAAGGAAAAAUCUUUAGUUUUUAUCCAGUGUGUUCACAGAACAGUUGCCAUUUAAAAGGAGAGAGUUUCCUUCUCUGGAAAAAAUCUUCUCGAAAUCUUUCCAGUUUGCAUGCAGACUUCCAUCAUAUCUAGCGUAGGUUCUGUUCAGAGCCGUUGGGAUAAUUAACAGUUAUUCCACAAAAUCGAGUCGGACAUGAGCUGAUAGCUGACGAGGAGCGUAGCACCGAUCGACUACAAGCCAUGUACGACGAGAUUGAUUGGAAUAACUGUUUUAUUCUAUCCACGUUCACUGGAUUUUGAGAAACAGAGAAUUUUUAUUAUUUUUAUUUUUUGCAAAAAUCGAAAAAUUAAAAACUUCAUACAAAAUGUCCGACAAAAUAAUUUCCGCUUAGAAUGUAAACAAACCAGUGAAAUGACGGGAGCAGUUUGUGAAAAAUGCGAUAAUAAUUGUAAUAAUUCUUGAAAAAGAUUAUUGAAAAAGAUAUGGUCUUCCCAUCAAAUACUUUUAUUCCAUAUUUUGUCUUUUUUUUUAAUGGUUUUGUUUUCGAGUAGUUUUUAUUUCGUCCUCAGUUGGUCCAGCAACAUGCUCCGCCAUUUUGUUUUUCUCUACUCACGGUAUAUGAGCUGAUAGCCUAGUAGUAGAGUAGCCAAUCAGAGUGCACAAUUGCUCGUAUCCAGUGAAUGUGGAUAGAACAGUCAGUAUUAUAAUUGAUGCACAGUUUUAGUCGGUAUUCCUCAGCCAUAAGAAUAACAUGAAUUGAUCAAGCGAGUCGAAAUACUAGCUCUUAUUCAGACUGUUUCGAAUGCAACAAAAUCUCAAAUCCAGUUUCCAGUUCUCUCUAGUUUCCAAAGUUGAAUUCCUCCAUGCAUUGACUGUUUUCUGGAAUAUGAGACAUCGGCGUAUAGCGUAUAUUAGUCCACGUCAUCGGACCAGGUUUGGUUGACUUUUUGGUGAAUGCUCCAAAUUUCUCUUUUGUGUUUUUCUUCAGUGAGGUCCACACGACCUAAAUGCAGACAGGAACUAAAAUGUGAUGAAGGUCUUCAGACGACACUGUCUAUCUGAUAAGUUGUCGCAAAUUUUUCAUUUGGAAUUUUUGGGCUUUCCAUUGAACUAAUUUGCAUUCACAACUCGCACAUGUUCAAGACCUCAUUCGGUUCUAUUUGAGGAAACGUUUCAAUCCAGAGAUGCGUUAAAGUCGUGUCGAACUCGAGCUUUUGCAUUGCGCUGCUUUCGUUUGACUCAUUCUUAGCGUUGUGACGUCCUCCUCUUUGGGCUUUUGGGUGGAUUCGAUAUAGUCCAUUGUAAGAGCGCACUCUUGGGCAAAAAUAUUUCAGUAGCUACGGUAUGCUAUCUUAUGAUGGUCUGACAUGAUAUUGUAUUGUAUGAUCCUGCAGAGCGAUGUGAGGUACAAAAUGAAGGACAUUUGUACAGGAAUGAGUGUUUAAACACAGCUGUCUUGCUAUAUGAAGGGAAUUUUCACCUGACACUUACGAGUGUGAAGGACUAGAAAUGUGUGAAUGGUGUGAUUUUCGACAGACCUCACAGGUUUGUUUUGUUUUUUUAAAUUCAGCAACGAAACUCAAAACAGUGCCAAUAUUUUAAGCCAGUUCUUCAACACACGGUGCCAGUAUGCUACACAAACAUCGCCCGCUAACGUGCGUUCUUCAAUGCUGUCCGCAUUGGCCUGUUCAUGGAUUCAGGAAAAUAUGAUAUUCUCAUGAAGCAUGAUUUUUUUUUUUUUUUAAUUUGAAAAGAUUGAUGUUUUUUACUGGUUAUUGAGUGACUUGUUGACUUGUUUAUUAUUUUUAUUGUUUUUUACUUGUUAGGCAGAAGGAAUGUGGUUAGGAUUUCCGAAUGGAUAAAAAUAGAGACAAUAGGUUGUAGAGCUUA